GCCGGUGCGAUGGUCGUCCGGAGACUCCUGUGCCCGCUGUGGCGCCUCCUCCGUGCGUCGGACCGGCCCGACAUGGUGUCCGUGCCCAGGAGAAGGUCCUCGACGGCGGAGAAGGCGCCGCCGCCGCCGCCGGGCUACUUCCUCGAGAAGGUGGUCGCCGAGUCGCUGCCGCCCAUCCCCGACGGCAAGCCUCCGCCCCCCGGGGGCGAGGAGCACCCGGUGUACGCGCGCCGCUGGCUCAUCCUCGCCAUCUUCGUGCUCUACUCCACCGUCAACGGCAUGCAGUGGGUGCAGUUCUCCAUCAUCUCCAACAUCGUGCAGAGGUACUACGGCGUCAGCAGCUUCGCCGUCGACAUGAGCUCGCUGUGCUUCAUGAUCAUCUACUUCGUGCUCAUCUGCCCCGUCUCCUGGAUGCUCGACAAGUGGGGUCUGCGGGUGGUGGUGAUCGUCGGCAUGGUGCUGACGUCGGCGGGCGCCUGGGUCAAGGUGGCCGCCGUGUCGCCCGACCUCUUCUACGUGGCCUUCAUCGGCCAGGCGCUCGUCGGCGUGGGCAACGCCUUCAUCCUCAGCCUGCCGUCGCGGCUCGCCGCCGUGUGGUUCGGCCCCGGCGAGGUGUCGACCGCGUGCGCCAUCGGCGUGUUCGGCAACCAGCUGGGGGGAGCCGUGGGCUUCACGCUGUCACCCACCAUCGUGCACGACAGCGCCAACCUCAACGACAUCAGCCGCGACCUGGCCGUGCUGUUCUACUCGGUGUCCGCGUGCUGCACCCUCCUGCUCGCCGUCAUCCUGCUUCUGUUCAAGGACGCGCCGCCGCUGCCGCCCAGCGCCGCCCAGGCAGCGCUCAAGGACAUCGACUCGCCGCCCGACUUCGCCGGCUCGCUGCGCCGCCUGCUCACCAACCCCAGCUACGUGCUGCUGCUGCUCGCCUACGGCAUCAUGGUCGGCGUCUACUACGUGCUCUCCAUCCUGCUCAACACCAUCAUCCUGCGCCACUACGAGGGCGCCGUCCAAGACGCCGGCAGGAUCGGCCUCGUCAUCAUCGUGUCCGGCAUGAUCGGGUCUGCCGCCGGCGGCUUCGUGCUGGACAAGACCCGCAAGUUCAAGGAGACAACAUUCGUCCUGUACCUAUGCGCGCUGGUGGGCAUGUUGGCCUUCACCUUCACCCUCAACAGCGGCAAGAUCAUCGUGGUGUACGUCACUUCAGGAGUGCUCGGGUUCUUCAUGACGGGCUUCCUUCCGGUGGGCUUCGAGCUGGCGGCCGAGCUGACCUACCCAGAGCCCGAGGGUACGUCCUCGGGCCUGCUGAACGGCUCCGUGCAGGUGUUCGCCAUCGCCAUGACCUUGGGCUACGCCAAGCUCAUCGAGUACAUCGACGACUGGUGGGCGAAUGUCAUCCUCUGCGGUCUGCUGGCGCUCGGCACCGUCUUCACUUCGCUCAUCAAGUCCGACCUGAGGCGGCAGGCGGCCGCCGAGGGCAAAAAGAAGGAGGAGUUGCCGCCAGUGUCCAUCAUCUACGAGGGCAGCUUCACCAAGUUCUGACGAGGACUCGAACCAUCGAGGGAUUCCAGCAGCUCCUAUGUCUAGAACCGUCUGCUUUACUCACGGAUUACAAACACCACGUCGUCUUCACACUGUAACAUGCAAGCAGUUCGAAAACAGCCACUGUCUGCACUGGACAUACAUGGGUGUUCAUUAACAUGUAUGCCGAUUUCCGUAACUUCAACAUCACUGUCUCUGCUGUUUUGUUAUACUAGUCAGCUGAGUACUGGACUGCAUGAUUAAUGAGUUUCAGAAACAGCUAGCUGCAAACUAUGUGGUAUGUGAUUCGAAGAUAGGGUGUAAGAGGUUUAGAUUGUACCCAAUAUAAGUAUGCUUCAAUGCCGGUAGACUAAUAACAAGCUUGGAAUAUCUGAUGGUAACUUACACACUUAUCAAAGCAAUAAUUAACAGACACAUAACCCUCGGACCAAGUUAAAUAACAUCUAGUCCAUAGCUCAAGUGUUUCCAAGCCCACUUUAACUUCGGAGGUCAUGUUGGCUCAAACCUUCGCGUGUAAUCGCGUGAUACAUUUUACCUACCCCAAACCCCAAUCCUUUUGUUAGUCAAGCAGCUUAGAAUCUUAGAAUGAGAACUGAACAGCAUUAGACUUGUUCUUGUUUUGUUAGUCUCUUCACUUUCCACACCAACCACAAGUCAGAGAACUAGUCGCCAACUAAGUAAGCCUGGAUAUUUUAUGUUUACUUAUCAAUAAAAAGCACCUCGGACAUCACUAGACAUUCCAAACAACGGGAAAACGAUGAAAUCUUGGUGUGUCACAAAUUAAUUUAAAAGUAAGAGUCGUCUUUGCUAAGUAGGCGAGAAUAGCAUUAUUAGUUUUGAAAAGAAUAUUUGAGUAUAGGCUACUGUAAAUAACUCAGGUGAGUUUUCGAUGUACUGUAACUCAAUGCUGUCCAUAGUUCACAUUGUGGAAUCAUCUAGAAUUUUCUGUUAAGUACAUGACCAUUAACUUACAUAAAGAUAUAAAAAUAUGUAUUUAAAAUCUCCUAAUUAUGGUUUAUAAUUUAUUUUACAUUAUUCAUGAUCAUUAGAGUGCUAAUAGGUUUCGAAUGUAUGUAUUUAUUGUUAUAGAGUUAACUUAGUAAACUGUCAUCUCUUUCGUAUUAUUGAUACCAGUCUGACAUGUUCAAACCUUUCUGUGAAAGUUAUAAUAAUCCAAAGACAAAAAAUCAAACUGGUUUCAAACAGUAGGUACAUCCUUUUAUUAUUGGUGUUAGUAAAAAUAUGUGUUCGAAUUUAGCACAAAGAAGGGUCGCAGAUGCAGGAUGAGUUACCUGCUGUUUUUUUUAUAUUAUAUUAAAUAUGGCAAGGAAAACAUUUUCUUGAGAAAUUGCGGCUCUUCAACAUAACCAGCAUUCUUAAAAUAAGACAAAAAUUACCAUGCUGUAAUUCUGACGAAACAAUAUCAGGCAAAACUAUUGAUGAUUCUGCUCAAAUAUUUUACCAAUUAACAUGCAUUUAAAGUAAGUUGAAAUUACUUAAUGUACUUGCAGGCAAGAUACAAGGAUUAUUGAUCUGAAAAUGUUUGUGUCGAAAACUUAUGGAAAUAAAUUUUAUUUAUUUUACAA